AAGCCAUAUGAACAUGAAGUCAUGAAUAUAUCAUCUAUUCUGAAAUGCAGGGUUGACUCACCAACCACAUUAUUAAAAUGAACAUGCAUAAAAAACCCAGAAUUUGACUGCACCAAAACUAGAGGGAAAAAACCCACUUCUUUUUCUUCUUCUUCUAAUGGGUCACAAAAAAGUUCUGAUCUUUUCCAUAUUGUUGGCACUGAAUUUUGCUUCAACUUCAGAAGCAACAGUAGCAGAAGCACAAGCACUUGUCAGGUGGAAGAACACCUUAUCACCUGAACCCGAAUCUCUCUUAUCAUGGACACUUUCAGAUACACAAAACCUCUGUAAUUGGACUGGCAUUGUCUGUGACAACCUUAAUUCCCUCACAAACAUCAGUUUAAGCAGCCAGGAUCUUGCUGGGAAUCUCACCAGCUUCAACUUCAGUGCAUUUCCAAAUUUGGAAAAUUUGGUUCUUGACAGCAACAAUCUUGAUGGUCAAAUCCCACCAACUGUUGGUAAUCUCUCUAAGCUUGUUUACUUAGAUCUUAGCACCAAUUAUUUUGAAGGGCUUAUUCCUAAUGACAUCGGUCGCCUGUCGGAACUUGUUUAUCUUAAUCUGUCUGGUAAUAGCAUAGGUGAUGUUAUUCCUGUUGAACUUAGUAAUUUGGGGAGAUUAAGGUUUUUAGAUAUUGGAGCUAAUUAUCUUGAAACACCUGAUGAUUGGUCUAUGUUUAGUUCUAUGCCUUUGUUAACCCACUUGAAUUUUGGGCUUAAUGAGUUAACUGGGGAGUUUCCUGGGUUCAUAUUUAGGAGCAGGAACUUGACUUACCUUGAUUUGUCACUUAAUCAUUUAACUGGGUUGAUCCCAGAAUCCCUUUUCAACAGUCUUCCAAAUCUUCAGUACCUUGAUCUUAGUUCUAAUUUGUUCAGUGGAUCAGUAUCAGACAACAUUUCAGAGCUUUCAAGUCUAACUGAGCUUCGUUUGAGCACGAACCGAUUAUCUGGAGCAAUUCCUGAUAAUAUCGGUUCGAUUUCUGGACUCAAAGUUAUUGAGUUGUUUAAUAAUUCUUUCUCUGGUAGCAUUCCUUCUUCCAUAGGCCAACUUAGGAGCCUCGAGACAUUAGAUGUCCAUAUGAACAGAUUGAACUCGAGUAUUCCUUCUGAGCUUGGUUUAUGUAGAAACCUUACUUUUUUUGCUGCUGCUGGGAAUUCACUGACUGAUGAAUUACCAUUGUCCUUGAGCAAUCUUAGGAAAAUGACAGAUCUUGGUUUAUCUGAAAACAACCUGUCUGGUGAAAUCUCCCCACAUUUCCUUACCAAUUGGACUGAGUUGAUUUCCUUGCAAUUCCAGAACAAUAAUUUCAGUGGGAUUAUUCCAACAGAAAUAGAGCAACUGUCAAAACUUCAGAUUCUUUAUCUUUACAAUAACAGUUUCACAGGAACUAUACCCUCUGAGAUAGGAAGACUACAUGACCUGACACAGCUUGACCUUUCAACGAACCUACUUUCCGGACCUAUUCCUUCAAUUAUUGGCAACUUAAGCAGCCUUUCGACCUUACAAUUGUUCUCGAACAAUCUCACUGGAAGAAUCCCACCAGAGAUAGGAAAUCUCACGUCGUUGACUGUUCUUGAUAUCAAUACCAAUCAGCUCUAUGGUGAGUUUCCUGAGACCUUAUCACACCUCACAAAUUUGCAAAUUUUUUCUGUGUUCACCAAUAAUUUGAGGGGGGAAAUCCCACAAAACUUUGGUGAAUAUAUCCCUUCUCUUACCAAUGUUAGCUUUUCAAACAACAGUUUCUAUGGGGGAUUGCCUCCUGGGUUGUGCAGUGGAUUCAAGCUUGAGCUCUUAACAGUUAAUGGCAACAACUUCACCGGCAACAUUCCUGAUUGUUUGAGGAAUUGCACAGGGUUAACUAGAGUCCGAAUGGAUGGAAAUCAGUUCAAUGGGAAUAUAUCGGAAGCAUUCGGUGUAUACCCAAAUCUCACCUUUAUUAGCCUGAGUGGGAAUCAGUUUGUUGGUGAGAUCUCACCCAAGUGGGGAGAGUGUGGGAAUCUGACAAACUUUCAGUUGGACAGUAACAACCUUUCAGGGGAAAUUCCAGCUGAGCUUGAGAAGCUGCAUAAUUUGCGUGUUCUUACUCUUGAUUCAAAUGAAUUAAGAGGGAUGAUCCCUGCUGAACUGGGAAAUUUGAGUUUGUUGAUCAACCUUAAUUUAAGCAGGAAUCACUUGGCAGGAGAUAUCCCAAACAGCAUAGGCAAGUUGCAGUAUCUUCAGCAUCUUGAUUUUUCAGCAAAUAACCUGUCAGGAGAAAUCCCUCGAGAACUUGGGGAUUGUGGCAGCAUAUUAAGCUUGAAUUUGAGUCAAAAUGGCUUAACAGGAAACAUACCAGAAGAGCUCAGCAACUUAGAUCAAAUUCAAGUUUUGUUGGAUUUGAGUAGCAACUCUCUCUCUGGUUCAAUCCCUCAAAACCUUGACCGGCUCAUUUCCUUGGAAAACCUCAAUCUCUCUCAUAACUAUCUCUCAGGGGCAAUCCCACCGUCACUAUCAAGCAUGCUUAGCUUACAAUCUCUUGAUCUAUCCUACAACAACUUAUCAGGUUCAGUUCCCAGUUCCGGUUUUCUCCAAAAUGGGUUGUACAUGGGAAAUCCUGGCCUUUGUGGAAACGCAACAGGAAUUCCCACCUGUGAUCAUAACAGCAGCCGCAGAAAAAUUGUUAUUGCUGUUGUGGUACCAAUUGCAUCCCUUUUCCUUGUUGCAGUUUGUGUAGUUGCAGCAGUGUUAUGUUGCAGAAAGAUUAAUCAGCAAGAUUUAGAGAGCAAAACAUUUUCAGAAGCCAGCGAUUCAGAGUCUUUGAUAUGGGGGACAGAAGGAAGAUUUACUUUCAGGGAGAUUGUUAAGGCCACUGAUGAUUUCAGUGAUUUCUAUUGCAUUGGGAAAGGUGGUUUUGGCAGUGUAUAUAAGGCAUCUUUGUUGUCAGGUCACAUAGUUGCUGUCAAGAAGCUCAACAUGUCAGAUUCUAGUGACAUUCCCUCCUCAAACAAACAAAGCUUUGAGAAUGAGAUCAGGGCACUAACUGAGGUUAGACACCGGAAUAUAAUCAAGUUGUAUGGUUACUGUUCCAGAAAGAGCUCUAUGUAUUUGGUGUAUGACUAUGUUGAAAGGGGCAGUUUGGGGAAUGUGUUGUACAGUGAAGAAGCCAAAAUGGAACUAGGGUGGGAAAGAAGAGUGAAUAUUGUAAGAGGGUUAGCUCAUGCAGUCACUUACUUGCACCAUGAUUGCACCCCACCUAUUGUUCACCGUGACAUAUCCAUAAACAAUGUGUUGCUUGAUAAUGAAUUUGAACCCCGGCUUUCAGAUUUUGGCACGGCAAAGUUUCUCACUUCUGAUGCCUCUACUUGGACCACAGUUGCUGGUUCUUAUGGAUAUAUGGCUCCUGAACUGGCUCAGACAAUGAAGGUGACAGAAAAGUGUGAUGUUUAUAGCUAUGGAGUGGUGGCGUUGGAGGUUAUGAUGGGGAAGCAUCCAGGGGAACUUCUUUCCUCGUUAUCUUCAGUAGCUGAGAAGCGGGAUGCUCUACUGAAAGACAUUUUAGACCAACGACUGUCAGCACCAACAGGGCAUUUAGCAGAGGAAGUGGUAAUUGCAGUCACAUUAGCUUUAAUAUGCACAAGUACAGAACCAAACUGGCGACCUACAAUGCGGUAUGUGGCACAAGAACUAUCUGCUGGUACACACAAUUACCUCUCUGAGCCUUUUGGCACUGUAACACUCGGGAAACUGAAUGAUAAUCGUCCAAGAUGAUCAAAAUCAAAGAGGUGACAACUCAAUAUAGUCAUCAUUCUUUUGGGAGGGGGUUGGGGGUUGGAAACUCGCUCUUUUAUUAGUUUGAUUAUUGGUUAUACAGAGUUACAGACAUCGUAAAUAUGAUUUUAUCAUCAGAGAGAGCUACCAAAAAAAAAUGUAUAUAGUUAUGCAAUAUCGUAAGUAUGCUAUUAUCAUCUGUAUUUUUCUCUUAUACAUAGUAACAUCAUAAUGUAUUCUUUUA